CACCUGACGGCAGGAGGCAGACAGCUGAAGGAAUGCCCUCCACUGGAUCAUGGACCAGGGGAAACAGCGCAGGGGGAAGCGUGCUGAAGGUGUUGUGCUGGCAGUGUGUGUGUGUGCUGCAUCCACUGCUCUUUCUCCUGUCUAUGCCGGAGCACACACAAGCAGCCAGGUGGCGGUGCGGCGCGGAACUGGUGGCCGACCUGGAGUUUGUCUGUGGAGACCGUGGAAUCUACGUGGGUAAGCCUCUCUACAUCUCUCGUGGAGGUGGGGGUGUGCGGCGGCUGUCUCGGGGACAUGGGGGUGGCAUCGUAGAGGCAUGCUGUAAGAGGGGGUGCGCCCUGCACUACCUGGAGUCCUACUGCAACAAGGCCAAACGCACACGCAGACACGCCGCCUCUGACACAGCAGCACAGCAGACCACGGAGGAGAUGUUCAGAGCACUGUGGGUGAAGAGGUACGAGCAGCAGAGCACAGGCACACACGCAGUGGACCGACGUGCAGAGAGAACACAAUACCUGCAGGAGAGACGCAGGAGAGACUUGCACAAAUCGCCAGACGUAGAACCGCCGAGGUUACCUGAGACACUACAGAGCCAUGCCUCAUCACAAGAAAAUGGCAGCUUGGCCAGGGUAAAACACACAGCACUGCCAAGAAGAAAAAGGACUGUCCUCCUUUCCACACGACAACAACCAGUCCGCUGACAAAACUUUUUCCUGGCUCUUCACUGAUGGACACUUUUGGGGGAGCCUGUAUGAGUUGGUUGGGUCAAACAGACAUUUGGUGUGUGAACAACCAGUGUGCAGGUGCAAUAGAAUGGUUGCCGUAAAAGUACUUGGAAGGAGGUGGAUGAAAGGGCUAGUGUGGGCAUAUGAGAAUGAAGGAGAAGAUUCUGUGUGUGUUCGUGUGUGUGUGCGUGCGUGCGUGUGCGUGCGUGUGGUGGUAGAGGGAGGGAGUUUGUGUUUCUGCAGCUGGACUGUUAUCUUUUCCUCUUCUCCCUUUUGUCCUGGUACUUCGUCCUUUCCUUUUCUGGGCUAUGGACCACCAUCACACCUCACUGAAGUCUGGAAGGCAUGGGUAUUGGUAGGCAGAGCCCGGUAUGGGUAUCCAAAGCUGAGGCUUACUGUACAAAUUACAUAGAAACCCUGCCAUACACUCGAAUGCCAUAAUGACCUUAAACCAGGGGUGUCAAACUCAAAUUGACCAAGGGCCAAUAUCAUAAUCUGGAGCGAAGUCGCGGGCCAAACUCAAUAUUCUUUUUUACGAAAAUGGACUAAAAUUGCUCUUGUUUACAUUUAUUUUUAAACAGAUUCCCAUAUAGUUCAAAUGUGCCUGCACAUAUUCUGUUGCAUUUGAUUUUGAGCUGUUUCAAUGGCCUGGACCCACUCAUAUUCCUGUGAUAUAUGUAUUUUCAUGUUCAAAUCUUAAUGCGCUACACAGUUAUGGUGUAUGUGGGCCAACUGUAAUACACAUUUGAAAUGAUCUCGCGGGCCAAAUAAAAUGGCUCCGCGGGCCAAAUUUGGCCCCCGGGCCUGAGUUUGACAUCCCUGCCUUAAACCAACACUGAGUACUUAAACAAUGUUUCCAAAUGUUUCCAAAAUCCAAUGGUUCGUGAAAAUCCUCUCAGACAGUGGCUCAUCAACUUGUAGCCACCUGAAAGACACUUCUGAGAUCAGUUCACUGUUCCAUGAGAUAUAGCCGGUUACCGUGCUAACAUUUGGAAGAGUGAGCUGUGUCUGUGGUUUGAAAGGGAGAAUAAUUCAUUUCGAACUAUUCAGUGUUGCUUUAAUGAAGCCGAGUUCACCAACUAAACAAUUUAUGGCUUGUGCCAGGGACUAUACGGUGCUUUCUGAAGUCAGAAUGGGCACCUCUGUGUGCAUGCGAUAUGAACUAUGGAGAGAGAGGCCAUGUCUCGAGCACAGGAACCAGUUCAUCUCAUGAGGAAGACUGCGUUUCAACUGUCCUCACCAUAUGCAGUACAAUGAUUGUCCAUUGAGUUCAUAUAUAAAGUUAUAUUCUAAUUUCAUACCAUGCAGUUCUAGUUUUGCCUUUGUCCAGUGGUUCAUGUUUCAUUUUUAGCUGCUCUCAUCAGUAUCUAUUUUUUUGUAUUUUUUAAAAAAGGUUUUCACAUGUUGGUUUUAUAUUGGUACUGUGAAUGUUCUCAACUGUUGUUUACUAUGACUUGUGUGUGUGUCUGUUCCCAGCAUUGGGAAUACAAGUUCCUAUGUCAUUUGCAUAUUUGUAAUAAAGUGUUGAA